AUGAUCACCAUCUCCGGCGAGCUUGUGGAAGUUGCUGUCUCUGUUCUUGCUGAAGACGAACAUUCUUUUAUUACCGGGUUCAAACUUGUCUACGGCGAAAUUACACCAAGCGUCUAUUUUGGCUAUCAAAUCCCUGAAAAGCAGAUCAAGAUUGAUCUCCGCGGUCGGCGACUAGUAGGCCUCGAAGUCUUCGCUAGAGAAGGGGGCAUCCAGGCUAGACGUCCAAUAAUCGACGAAAAGUAUGGAAUACGCCAUAGUAUUAUUGGUAAGCCGAAGACAACUUGUCAACCGGUACGACUCGCUCCAAAUGGAGAGAUUAAAGCCUUUGCUGGGAUGUUUGAUUUUACUGACUCGAUUAUAGCAUUGCAGGAUGGUAGGGCUUGA